UUGAUUCGAAAAGGUUUUGGAGUCUCUCUUACUUACAAGUAAAUAUAAUGAUACCCAGAUGAUGAUGGGCAUAUAAUUUCCAACUAAAUGAUCUCGAGACAGCAGUGAAAACGAACAGCAAACACAAUUCAAACAGAAAAUCCCGAAGCAAGCAAACACCUGAGCAAACACAGCGGAGCAAAAGGCGGCGCAUCACGUAUACGCCACCAUGUCCAAUGGCAAGGCUGCUGCCGCAGCUGAGAAAAAUGGCUCAUUGAACGAUCGACCGUUGUUCAUGCAAAAUGGCAAUGGGGGACGUCUGGCCCCGGUUAAUGAUGUGGAAGUGAGCAACUUCCGACGCGCCCUGCCACAGUUUUUAGCUGUUAGUAUUAAGAACAUAUUGCUAUUCGGCUAUGGCAUGACUUUGGGCUUCCCCACAAUUGUGAUACCUGCCAUCCAAGGAGGCGAGGGCCGCAGCGAAACAAACAGUGAUAUAAUCCUCAACAAAGACGAGAUAUCCUGGUUCAGUUCCAUCAAUUUGAUAUGCGUGCCGCUGGGCUGCCUGUUCUCUGGCGUGUUAACACAACCGCUGGGCAAGCGACGUGCAAUGCAGUUUGUCAACCUGCCUAUACUGGCGGCAUGGCUAAUGUUUCACUUUGCAACGCGCACGGAGCAUCUGUAUGCGGCUUUAUGCCUCGCUGGUCUCGGCGGUGGAUUAAUGGAGGCGCCAGUGCUUACCUAUGUGGCGGAGAUCACAGAGCCCAAGUAUCGUGGCAUACUGUCAGCGCUGGGCACCACCUGUGUCAUCACCGGUGUCUUUAUACAGUUCAUACUCGGCUCCCUGAUGGACUGGCGGAGUGUGGCCGCGGUGAGUUCUGCCUUUCCGGUGAUUACCAUCGUCAUGCUGUGCUUUGUGCCGGAGAGUCCCGUGUGGCUGAUCAGGGAGCAGCGUUUCCUGGAGGCCGUCAAGUCGCUGCAGUGGCUGAGGGGCUGGGUGCCAGAGCACAAGAUCGAGGCGGAAUUCAAUCAAUUGUACGACGAGCUGAUCACACAGAAGGCCAUCGAGUACACAGCCGAUGGGGUGCCAGUGGCAGGACAACGUCGAACGCUGGGCCAACGCCUGAGAAUGUGGCGCAAGCGAAGUUUCCUGGUGCCGUUCCUUCUGGUGUCGUUUGCCUUUUUCACUGGACACUUUUCGGGCAAGACACCCCUGCAGACGUAUGCCGUGCAGAUCUUCCACACCCUCAAGGCACCGAUGAAUAAAUACCAUGCCACCAUUCUGCUUGGUGUGGCCGAGAUGUUGGCCACCAUUCUGGGCGUGAUACUCAUACAUUUUACGGGCAAGCGACCGCUGGUUCUGGUCUCCACCGUGGGCACGGGCCUCUGCUUCCUUGGCACCGCCACAUAUGCUCACUUCCUGAACGAAGUGCCCGGCUUCACGGUCAACAAUGUGGUGGUGAAUGCCUCAUCGAUUGUCCCCAAGGAGGGCAUCCUAUCGCAGGCGAACAUAUCAAAGAUCUUUGCGAACGAACAGCUGGAAAUUCUACAGGAUCAGGCGGAUCAGCUGACGACGAUGCUGCCAGAUAUGUUCGAGACAACCACCAUGUUUGAUCUGGAUACGUGGAAUCGCACCAAAAGGGAGCUGGAGACCACCACCGAUUAUGCCGAUGCCAUGGAGACCACAAUGUGGCCAGAGCCAUCGAGCAGCCCCGAACCACUUCCAAAUCCACCGCCAGCGAUGCCCACCAGUUCCGCAAAACCACCCAUUCAGGAGGAGCUGCUGCUGACUGUGCCGAAGCAGGAGAAAAACUAUCUCGUGUGGGUGCCACUCAUACUGCUGCUGCUCUCCGCCUUCUUCUCGCAUCUGGGCAUACGCAUGCUGCCCUGGAUCCUGAUUGGUGAGGUCUUUCCGGCAGAAAUACGCAACAGCGCUUCAGGGUUUGCCGGCGGAGUGGGCUACAUCUUUGGUUUUCUGGCCAACAAACUGUUUCUGUGGAUGCUAGCCGCCUUGACAUUGCCGGGAACGUUUGCCUUCUAUGCCACCGUGGCCUUUAUAGGCACUGUGGUGCUGUACUACACGUUGCCAGAGACCGAAGGACGUACCCUGGGUGAAAUUGAGGCUCACUUCUCCAAGAAAUCCGAUAUGAAUUUACUACGCAAACAGCCGAAAAAGAAGGCACCCAUCAAAGAUGAGAUCCAGAUGCCUGACAAUGCCAUCAAUGUGGACACAAUGCAGAGUUUUCAUGUGCCAAUCACAUCACAGCAGCAGUCCAAGAUCAUACACUUGCAGCAGAGUGACUUUACGCCCAGAACGACACAGAAUGGACGAAGUGGGGCCACAAAUCUGGCGUUUGAGGAGAGCAAUACCACACAUCUGUGA